UGCUGCAUGUUGACGUCACAUCCUGGUUGUGCCGCAUGCUGAUCCUCGCCAGCGUGUGCUUCUCUCAGCUGCGACUUAAAUUGUGUCAUCAUGACUAAAAACAAAUCAGAACAAAAGGCCCCAAAGAGGAAAAAGUUGCCUUCAAGUGUUGAUGAGGUUUGUGUGGAGCAAACCAAAGAAUGCAAGAAGAGGGUGAAAUUUGAGGAGGCUCCGAUUCAAACUCCAGACAUCAACCUUCCGGUGGAGGAAGAACCAAAGACCAAAGUAAAGAAGAACAAAAAGAAGAAAAAGAAGACGCAAAUAACAGAGCAAACAGAGACGACAGCGCAAAUUCAGAUUUCAGAUCCGGCCAAGGAGGAGGACUUGAGCCCGGAGGAGCGGCGGAUUUUGGAGAGGAAGAUGAAAAAGAUCAUGAAGAAGAAGUUGAAAGCAGAGGGGAUCAUCCCAGUUAAAAGCGAAGAGUCAGGGCCCACCGCGUCCCAGCAGGCUUUGGAUUACCUCACCAGCUGGGCUCACAAUCGUGAAGCUUGGAGGUUUCAGAAGAAACGCCAGACGUGGUUACUGCAAAACAUGUUUGAUUCUGAACAGAUUGAAGAUGAGAAGUUCUCAUUGCUGCUGCAGUACAUGGAGGGGCUCCGCGGGGGGUCGAGAGACACCACGGUUCAGAAGGCCCUGGUCCUGGUCCAGGAAUCGGGGGAGGCGCCCGAGGAUGCAAAUGUCCAGAAGAGGGCGCACAGAGCCAGAGACGUUAUCCAGAUGCUUUCCUGAGCGUUCCAGGCUUGAACAUCAGACAGCAUCGUUGGUUACCUUGUUCGUACUCGUUAAUCCAAGUUAUCCAUGGGAACAAAAAUUAUUUUCUCCUUUGUGGCAAAACACGUGUUUUGUUUCAAAAUUUUAUUUACAAAAAUCAAUUUUACAAAUAUUAAAUAUUUGUUAUUCCAAGCAUAUUUUGGACAAUAUUUCUUCAUCAAUUCAAACCUCUCCAAAUUCAUACUAUUUAAAAAAUUCAUGACAUGUUGGGAAAUAUCUUUCACAGCUCCCAUUUAAA